AUGUCCCGUUUGGAUCGUCUCGUGGUGCUCUUGGAAACAGGCUCCACGCCGUACAUCCGGAACACCGCUGCAGACCAGCUAUCCGACUUGGCCAAGGGCCAUCCAGAGGAGAUCAUCAGCUUGUUGGGAAGGGUGUACCCGUUUUUGAAAGCUGAAAAAUGGGAAACUAGAAUUGCGGCCGCCAAGGCCUUUGGCGGUAUCGUUGCCCAUGCGCCAUUGUGGGACCCCAACUCAGAAGAGGCCAUUGAGAAGGAAAAGCAAUUGCAGCACAUCGAGGACGCCAACAACGCCACGCGAAGCUCGGAGCCAAAGGUGAAGCUUGAACAGGACGAGGAAUUGAAGAAACUAGACGAAAACUUGCUGACUUUGGUCAAGUUUGAGUCCUGGAACUUGCACGAGCUUCUAAAGUCAGGCAAGAAGCUUCUCGCGUCUGGCGGCGCCGAGUUCGAACCUAAAAAGCCAGCCGUUGGCAAGAAUGAUGAGACAUUGCUCCACAAACUCAAGCAACACAAGACGCUAGUCAAAGAAGAGGAAAAUGACAGCCCCAGAGGAUCGGUUGUUUCCUCGCCCAGCAUCAAGACAGAAGUCAAAGAGGAAGUGAGUAGCCUGACACAGUCUUCCCCUCCCCCACCAGAAGGCGGCAAAUCUGCAGCUGCCAGUGCCCGUCUCAAGGCCAUGCAGAAGCGCAGAGCCAAGGCCAACGCCAAAUCUAGCAUCAACAAGAACGCCCCGGUGGACUUGUCCCAGUCAUCCAUUUCCCGCAAGCUCGUCGAACAUGGCGAAGUUGACGGUAAUGUCAAAACCGAAGAUUCCCCACAAUAUGAUUUGACUUCCCAGCAGGGCGGUUCCAAGUUGGUGAUGGAGAGCAAAGCUCCAGAGCUAUCACCACUUUUAUCGCAGCAUGCAAAGGUUGUUGGCCUUGUCUGGCAAUUUCAGGGUGUUUACGAAUUGCUUCUACACGACUUAUUCGACGAGAAGUGGGAAGUGAGACACGGUUCCGCCCUCGGUCUUCGUGAGCUUGUCAGAGUUCAUGGUAAAGGUGCUGGUCGAGUCAUGCGCAAAUCGAGAGCUGAAAAUGACGCCAACAAUGCUGCUACAUUGGAAGAUCUUUCCGUGAGACUUUGCACGCUUUUUGCUCUUGAUAGGUUCGCCGAUUUCGUGAACGAUACUGUUGUUGCUCCUGUUAGAGAGUCAGGUGCACAGACACUCGCAGCCUUGUUACUUCAUCUAGACGACAGGUCCAUUGUGGAAACUUUCCACUGUCUCAAAUCGCUCGUGUUCCAGGACAGUCUAGGUCCGGAUUCCAGGAAAUUCUGGGAGGCGAAGCACGGUGGUAUGCUCGGUGUUCGUUACUUUGUGAGUGUCAGAACUGACGUACUUCUUCGUCUGCCUGAAUUGUUGGACCUGGUGGUAUCCAUGGUUUUGCAUUGUCUCAAGGAAAGCGAAGAUGACGUACAGUCUGUAGCUGCCUUGACCCUUGCGCCAAUUGCUGCCGAAUUUGUCAAGCAAGGCACAGACGUCAUUAAGUCGCUACUUGAUGUCGUUUGGGAGUGUCUUUCCAACUUCGAGGACGAUUUGUCGGCAUCUAUUGGUUCGGUAAUGGACCUUUUGUCAAAGCUUUGCACGCACAAAGAAGUGAUCGAAAUCAUGCAAUCCGAAGCUGCUGCAAAUCCAGAAAACUCCUUCGACAACUUGCUACCCAAGCUCUUCCCCUUCCUCAGACACUCAAUCACAAACGUUAGAAAAGCUACACUCACCACCCUUUUGGAGUUCUUGUCGAUCGAGGAUCAAUCCACAAAGCUUUGGAUCACUUCUAAGUCCAUGCGUUUAAUCUUACAGAAUCUUCUCGUGGAGCAGAACUCCGAGGUAUUGAAGCUCUCGGAACAAGUUUACUACAGAAUGUUGCACGAGAUCCCCAAUAACUCAUACCUCGAGAAGGUUGACACUUACAUCGCCCCAUACUUGCAUUCAAUCAUGGCUUUACUCAUGACUCCCAUUGGCAUUGCCAGACAUAAUUAUCAUCUCAACACAGGGCUCAUUAUAAAGCCCUCUGGUGCCACUUUUGAGCCAUUACCCCGCCGUGACUCUCCUUCAGAAUCGGACAUUUUUGAACCUCCUACAAAUGGUGAAGUUGCACCUCAACCAGCAAAGAGGGGCCGUAAGAGAAAGACCGAGGAAAAGACGAAAGCUCUCACUCCGAUAUCUGAUGAACUCAAAAUCAACAUCGAUGCGCCAGUUCACAAUGGUGAUGUCAUGUUCGUUGGAUUUGACACUUUCAUCGCAACGAGAACUGCACUUGCAAAAGCUCUCGGCUCAACUAUAUCGCUUCUUGAAGAUGAAGAUGUUCUCAAGAGAACUUUCGAAAGUCUCUUGAUAUACACAACCUCGCCUCAUGCCACUCCACGUCUUUUCACUGCGAUCGUGGUAGAAGAGUUUGCUAACGCUUCCAAGAAGAAUGAGAAGACUCUUCCAACAGAAACUGCUGAGAAAUUCUCUGCAACAUUUUUGGAAGCACUCACAGCCCCAGAGAAGGUGCCGUUCUUCCGCGAGCUCGUCCCCAAACUUAAAAGUGUGCGAACUUCGUGUCUUCAGCUCUUCGACGUCUUUGUCACGAAUGGAAAACUUUCACACAGUAAGGUUCCACAAUUACCUGUUGUUGUCCAAGGCGAGAACGGCUCAGGUCCAGGUGCAUUUGGAAUCGAGAGUGCGGAGAAGUUAUUAGAUGAGACUUAUCCAAAACUUGUUAAAGCUUUGUCAUCUUCAUACAAAAUCCUGGCGAACCUGGCGCUAGAAGACUCGAAGCACCGUAUAAGAGUUGCUUUGGGAGAGGCCAAGCUUGCAUUGAGUCAAAGAACGACAAGCAUCAAUGCGGCUUACGCAGCUGCAAUUCUUGCGCUCACUGGUGUUCUGAAGAAACUCAAUCCAAUUAUCAGAUCGCUCAUGGACAGUGCCAAGCAAGAGGAAACCGAGUUGUUGCAAAAGAGAUCCGCCAUUUCAAUUGCAGCUUUGAUCGAUGAGCUCAAGAAGAUCAAGAAGGUUGGAGCCGCUGACAAGAUUUUGAAGAAUCUCUGUUCCUUCCUUUGUGUCGACACUUCUGAAGUUCCGGAGUUCGUUCACAAUUCAACUUUCAAAGAUGCCAUUCUCUCUUUGCGGAAGGAGGAAGCUAAGACAGAUCCAGCUGAUAUUGCGGCGCAUGAGAAGGCUGUUCAUGAGGCUAGAAUAAAGAGAAAUGGUGCUUUGCUUGCCUUGGAUGAGAUUAUCGAAAUCUACAAGGAAAACAUUUUUAGCGAGCUUCCUAAAUUUAAGGAAAUUCUCUUUGGUACUCUUGGCUCCAUGGAAACAACAAGUGCGGAUGAUAUGUCUAAGGACAAUUCUUUGGGUCAGAGUAUUGUUGAUGCAUUGGGCGUUUUGAGAGCUGUUCUUCCGAAAUUGAGCUCAUCCCUCUAUCCCGAAAUCGCAGAUCAGAUGCCCAGGUUGCUUGCUGGUUUGAAAUACGAGUUGAGUGUCUUCCGUUAUUCCUCGGCCAAAUGUUUUGCUACCAUUUGUUCAGUCAUGCCAGCGAAAGCAUUCCCGUUCUUGGUCCGUAACAUCAUACCCAUGCUCAACAAUGCUGGUAAUUUCCGUGAGCGUCAAGGUGCUACUGAAGCCAUUUACCAUGUUUCGAAUGCCAUGGGAGCCGACAUUCUUCCAUAUAUUGUUUUCCUUAUUGUGCCUGUUUUAGGUAGAAUGAGUGAUGCAGACCAUGAUGUUAGAAUCUUGGCCAGUACAACAUUUGCCUCCAUCAUCAAGCUUGUGCCCUUGGAAGCUGGUAUACCCGACCCUCCAGACAUGCCACAGGACCUUUUAGAAGGCAGGGACAGGGAAAGAGAAUUUAUUCUGCAAAUGAUGGACCCCACUAAGAUCAAGCCAUUUGAGCUUCCUGUCGCUAUCAAAGCAACUUUGCGUAAGUAUCAGCAGGAAGGUGUCAAUUGGCUCGCGUUCUUGAACAAAUACCAUUUGCAUGGCAUCUUGUGUGAUGAUAUGGGUUUGGGUAAGACAUUGCAGACCAUUUGCAUUAUUGCUUCUGAUCAUCAUAUGAGAGCUGAGAAGUUCAAGGAGACACAAGCGGAGGAGUUCAGAAGAUUGCCAUCAUUGAUUGUGUGUCCUCCAUCUUUGACAGGUCACUGGGAACAGGAAAUGAACCAAUAUGCCGAGUUCAUGAAUGUUGUCGUUUAUGCUGGUGGUCCAUCCGUUAGAGCCAACCUUCGGGCGAAGAUUCCUGAUGCAGAUGUUGUUGUGACUUCCUACGAUGUUUGUCGUAACGAUAUCGAUGUGAUUUCGGGUCACUCCUACAAUUAUUGCGUGUUGGACGAAGGGCACAUCAUCAAGAACUCUUUCUCGAAAUUGACUAGAUCCGUGAAGAGAAUCAAUGCCGAGCACAGACUUAUUUUAUCGGGAACUCCGAUCCAGAAUAACGUCUUGGAGUUGUGGUCUUUGUUUGACUUCUUGAUGCCUGGUUUCUUGGGUGUCGAGAAGGUGUUCAUCGAGAAGUUUGCCAAGCCUAUCGCCGCCAGUCGUAACAGCAAGACUUCAUCAAAGGAGCAAGAGGCUGGUGCUUUGGCUCUUGAAUCUCUCCACAGGCAAGUUCUUCCCUUCAUGCUUCGUCGUUUGAAGGAAGAGGUGUUGUCUGACUUGCCGCCAAAGAUUAUUCAAGAUUAUUACUGUGAGCUUUCGGACUUGCAGAAGAAACUCUACAAGGAGUUCGCCAAGAAGCAGAAGUCUGUCGUUAAGGACGAGGUGACCAAGGAGGACGAACCUAUGGAACCUUCGACUGAACCACCCAAGACACAUAUCUUCCAGGCAUUGCAGUAUAUGAGGAAGUUGUGCAACCACCCUGCUUUAGUGAUCACUCCAAAUCAUCCACAGGCGGCUGAAGUUGCGAGCUAUUUGGCAAGCAAGAAAUCUGAUCUCAAGAGCAUCGAGCAUGCGCCUAAGUUGAAGUCAUUGAAGAAUUUGUUGCUUGAGUGUGGAAUUGGAACUGGCGACAGUGAAUACCUUAACUCCAAGGGCAAGAGCAAGCAGAAGCAAUUGCAACAACAGCAGCAGUUCGUUUCUUCGGAGGGCGUCAUUUCUGAACACAGAGCUUUGAUCUUCUGUCAACUCAAGGAUAUGGUGGAUAUCGUUGAAGAGGAGUUGUUCAAGAAGCACAUGCCCUCGGUAACCUAUAUGAGACUUGAUGGCCGUACUGAUCCUAGAGAGAGACAGAAGAUUGUCAGGAAGUUUAACGAGGAUCCCUCGAUCGAUGUUUUGCUUUUGACUACCAAGGUUGGUGGUUUGGGUCUCAAUUUGACCGGUGCAGACACUGUUAUUUUUGUGGAGCACGAUUGGAAUCCUAUGAAUGAUCUUCAGGCCAUGGACCGUGCCCAUCGUCUCGGACAGAAGAAGGUGGUGAAUGUGUACAGAUUGAUCACUAAAUCCACGUUAGAGGAGAAGAUCAUGGGUUUGCAAAAAUUCAAGAUGAAUAUUGCUUCUACCAUUGUGAAUCAGCAAAAUGCUGGUUUGUCGCUGAUGGACACGAACCAAUUGUUGGAUUUGUUCGACGUUGACGAGCAGGCUACGAAGAUCGAGAACGGUGAUGACAAGAAGGACAAGAAGGUUCCAGAUGAUUUGAUUGGUGGAGGAAUCCCAUCCGAAGCCGUUGGUGAGCUUACUCAGCUCUGGGACGAAUCGCAGUAUGAGGAUGAGUACAACCUUGACAACUUUAUCAAGACCCUUAACAUGAACGAGAAGGAGGAGCGGGCAAUCGAAAAGCUCGGCACUGAAGCACAGACCUCUUUUGGGUAUCUUGUAUCGGACGAGAAAUCAAGCACAACAAGAGCUCCCGAGGCUUUGGAUGCGAAGCAGACCAAGUCUCUUGAUGUCACGAAAUCUUCGCCUAAAUGGGUCCACUUCGUUGCCGGCGGUAUCGGUGGUAUGGUGGGUGCCAUCGCUACGUGUCCCUUAGACGUGGUGAAAACCAGACUUCAGUCGGAUGUGUACAACCAAAGCUACAACAAAGCACCCAAAUCUAGCAAUCCUUUGAUCAAGGGAGCACAGCAUUUCUCCGAGACUUGUGGUGUUAUUGGUCAAAUAUACAAAAACGAAGGUGGCAGAGCGCUCUUCAGAGGUUUGGGUCCAAACUUGGUUGGUGUGAUUCCUGCAAGGUCCAUCAACUUUUUCACCUACGGCGCUACUAAGGAGUUUGUUUCGAAGAACUUCAACAACGGCAAUGAAGCAACCUGGAUCCAUCUUGUUGCCGGUAUCAACGCUGGUUUUGUCACGUCGACAGCAACCAACCCAAUCUGGAUGAUCAAGACUAGACUACAACUUGACAAGACAAAAGGCAAGCACUACAAGAACUCGUGGGACUGCCUUCGAUACAUUCUUAAAACUGAGGGAUUCACCAGUUUGUACAAGGGUUUGAGUGCAUCCUAUCUCGGUGGUAUUGAGUCCACUAUACAAUGGGUCUUGUACGAACAGAUGAAGCUGUUCUUGAACCGCAAGUCCUUGGAGAGACACGGUCUCGACCAGUCAAAAAAGAGCACGAGCGACCACAUUUACGAGUGGUGUGCCCGUUCAGGUGCUGCCGGUGCAGCCAAAUUCUUCGCUUCGCUCAUGACAUACCCGCAUGAAGUUGUUCGUACUAGAUUGAGACAGGCUCCUUUGGAGGCCACAGGAAAGCCAAAGUAUACCGGGCUUGUCCAGUGUUUCCGCUUGAUCAUCAAGGAAGAAGGAUUCGUCAGUAUGUACGGAGGCUUGACUCCACACUUGCUCCGGACGGUGCCCAACUCGAUCAUCAUGUUCGGCACCUGGGAGCUAGUGGUGCGCUUCUUGUCGCUGAGCUAG